CAGCACCGUCAGCCUGAGGGUUCGCUCCAGGGCCAGGCCUGGAGCCGGCGCCCUUAACAGCCCCUGGAGAGUCUGAGACCACUCAGGGCGGGGCGGCUGCCGGAGGUUGGGCUGUGGCUCCGUGGCGGGUUCCAGAGGGGCGGAGCCAAGGGCUGGGCGUUCCCCCGGGCGGGGCUUCUCGGGGGCGGGGCGGGCCCCUGUGUUUGUUGCACCGUGUCAGUUACUUUGAAACAAAAGUGCUGCAGCCGCUGCUCCAGCCCGCACCCUAGGCCAGCCCGCUGACUGCUGUCGCCGACAUGGAACCCGUGGCCAGCAACAUCCAGGUCCUGCUGCAGGCGGCCGAGUUCCUGGAGCGCCGUGAGAGAGAGGCCGAGCAUGGUUAUGCGUCCCUGUGCCCGCAUCGCAGUCCGGCCCCCAUCCACAGGAGGAAGAAGCGACCCCCCCAGGCUCCUGGCACGCAGGACAGCGGGCGGUCUGUGCACAACGAACUGGAGAAGCGCAGGAGGGCCCAGUUGAAGCGGUGCCUAGAGCGGCUGAAGCAGCAGAUGCCCUUGGGGGCCGACUGCGCCCGAUACACCACACUGAGCCUGCUGCGCCGCGCCAGGAUGCACAUCCAGAAGCUGGAGGAUCAGGAGCAGCGGGCCCGGCAGCUCAAGGAGAGGCUGCGCAGCAAGCAGCAGAGCCUGCAGCGGCAGCUGGAGCAGCUCCGGGGGCUGGCAGGGGCGGCUGAGCGGGAGCGGCUCCGGACGGACAGCCUGGACUCCUCAGGCCUCUCCUCUGAGCGCUCAGACUCAGACCAAGAGGAGCUGGAGGUGGAUGUGGAGAGCCUGGUGUUUGGGGGUGAGGCCGAGUUGCUGCGGGGCUUCGUCGCCGGCCAGGAGCACAGCUACUCGCACGGUGGCGGCGCCUGGCUAUGAUGUUCCUCACCCAGGGGGGGCCUCUCUGCCCUCCGCUCGCGCCAGGCCCACCUGCCAGGCAGGAGCUCUUCCCAAGCCUUCAGGGCUGCUCGGAGUCACCUGUUGGAAUGGACUAAAAGGACCCUUGUGUGCGAACAGGUGCUCUGCAAACACCCUGCUGCUGGCUGCCAGGCAGGCCCUCUGGAAGGGGAAGGGGCAGGACUCAUCAGGACGUCCCUGGACCCCUGCAGGGCAGGCAGCUUGGGCCUGAGCCCAAGCACUUGGCUCUGCUGCCCCCAAGGGGACAGGAAGCCUCUUGGGCCUCUUCCCUUCCUGGACAAGGCCCCCUGGCCUUUGCCUCACAUAAACUGUACAGUAUUUUCAUUAAAAGCCUCUUUCAUAACUUCC